AUGGACCCAACUGCCGCCGGUCAGGAAAAACCAAUCUCCCAGAAUCAAUGGUUAGGCAAUGAGGCAACCACAAGCGAGCAGCUCUUCGACGCCGCCAUCCAGACAGCCCAACAUGCCCUGACCGAGGAAGACCAGCGGCAUUUCCGCAGGUUCAAGGACCACCGAGACAUGAUCAAGGAUUUGCAGGCAGAUGUGUACAACUUUUCGGCUUCCCGCACUAGGCUCACGAGAUGCGCCAAGAAAAUUGCAUCCUUCUCCGAGGCCUUUGCCCCCUUCUUUGACGUCAUUGGCGUCCUGCUGCAGGUUGGCAGCAACUUUAUCCACUUCCUCGAGCGCGUUAGCGAAAUGUUUGAGGAAUUGUCAUUCUUCCUGCCGCAAUACCAGCAAUGGUUCCAGACGUGUCGGUUGAACCCGUCCAUCAAAGACCGUGGCAGGCUAGAACGUGCCCUCAUGGGUACCGAGCUCAUGCUCCGACCUUUUGAGGCAAGAUUCUCACAGCUCAAAGAGAGGCUCACCAUGCAGAAGGACUGGUUCGAAAGAGAAGCUGCCAUUCACGAACACGCCCUCUUGGACCAGCUGCAUGGCGACUUUCGGCACUAUAUUCAAGACUCGGAGGAAAAAUCUCAGCAUAGAGACGAGUUAGGGCAACGUCGAUCUGAUGAAGACAUCAAGGACCGGGUUCACGAGGGAACUGGGCUGUGGUUUUUGCAACGUCCCGAGUAUCAAAGGCUAAAAACAAUGGACUUUGUUCAGAGCCACGUAAUGCCUACGACAUCCGACGCUAAUCGAUGGCUCCAGCGAGUCUUGUUCCUGAAGGACCUCGCCCAAACAGUCUUGCCAUCCGGUGAUGCCCCAACUGUGGCUUACUUUCACUUCGACCAGCAGAAAAAGUCGAGAACCAAUUCUAGUGACGAGGCACUCCGAGCCAUCGCCGAGCAGCUAAUCCACAGCCACCGACGUAGCCGCAUCUCGCUUGAUGCACUCGCUCUCAUCGAGACUGACAGCGGCAGCGGGCAAUACACGCCAUCGCGAAGGGAUAUCCGGUUGGCAAUCGACAUUCUGCUACGGCAGCAUCCGAGUUUCCUUGUGUUUGACGGCAUCGACGAGUGCAGCGAGCCAGCCCGGUUCCUGGAAGAGCUCCGCAGCAUCUGCAUUGAGCACGACUACCGUGCCGUCCUCUUGGGGCGCCCCAGCGUCGAGAUGCCCUACCAGUGA